GGUGUAAUGCACUGGUGAUCUGUUGAUGGUAAGCCCAGUUCUUUGGAUUAUUGUUUAACUAACAGCGUGUCGGAUUUAAGAAUAGGACAUUUUUUUUAUUGAUUGGAUUAAUUGGAUUCUUCUGGAGCCAUUCCAAUGGAGACAUUCUAAUGGAUUCAUUCUUAUAACUUAUGGAGUCAUUCGUAUGGAGUCAUUCUCGUGGAGUAAUUCGAAGACACCAAUACACAGUAUUUAGGUAAGUAGUUUGGUGGUUGGUCAGUCUAGAAAAUACAAAAAGGGGAUCCCAUAGGGGGCAUGGGCGAUGCCGGUGGGGGGGGGGACAAAAGAAGGAACGACGGCUGAGGCAAAUUGAUUGUAUCCUUGUAACUAAUGAGAUAAAAUUCAUUUUUUGUUGUUGUUGUUCCAAAUAAAUGGAAAUCUGUGUUGAGCACAUCUUCAAUUCAAUGUUGAUAAUCGGUGUACAUAUUCUGUGUACAUAUUCUACGUACAUAUUCUGUGUACAUAUUCUGUGUUCAUAUUCUGUGUUCAUAUUCUGUGUACAAAAUCUUGUGUACAUAUUCUGUGUACAUAUUCUGGGUUCAUAUAAUGUGUACAUAUUCUGUGUACAUAUUCAAUUUCAGAAUAUUGAUCAAAAUAGAUUAAGAUUACACAUUUUUAAAACUAUACAAAAAAAAAAAAAAAAAAAAAAAAAAAAAAAAAAAAAAAAAAAUGUGUGCAGUGGCGUAGCUAGGGUAAUUGCGGCUCGGGGUGGGGGCAAUAUUUUUUUUACCGCCCACUUCCGUGAAAAAUAGUCUACGGUUAUCCGAAAAUACCACCCCUUCAUACAAAAAAAAAUACGCCCGGGGCUGACCACCCUCUCCGCACUCCGCCCCUUUCUUACGCCACUUAAUUGCUGUGGGUUUUGAAAUUAUAGAUCAUCUCCUGAUUCCUAUGCGUUUUAUCAACAUCAGGAACAUAUACAUCCCAUGCACCCCCACCCCCCCCCCUUGAAAAUACACUUCCUAUACACCCCCCCCCCCCCACCCUUUCUUACGCCACUUAAUUGCUGUGGGUUUUGAAAUUAUAGAUCAUCUCCUGAUUCCUAUGCGUUUUAUCAACAUCAGGAACAUAUACAUCCCAUGCCCCCCCCCCCCCCCCCCUUGAAAAUACACUUCCUAUACACCCCCCCCCUCCCUUACCAACCGAGUAUCCACUCAUUCUGACAGGAGCAGUUUAUUGCAGGAGACGGACAACACCACUUCUACUUUUUGUUUCAAUUAAAACUUCGUUUCCGAAACAUAAAUCAGAGUCACGAAUUAAACCAGGGGUCCUCAGCCCGGGGAGGCUCGUGUGAACACGGAAAAGGGGGGGGGGGUUGGUUGGUUCGAGGUGGCAUUUUUGGGGAGUGUGAGGAAAAGGGAUUAUAAGAACAGAUGAAGAGAGAAAGCGAGAGGAGGAGAGAACGAUGGAGAGAGAGAAAUGAGAGAGAGAGAGAGAGAGAGAUAAAACGACUGAGAGAGAAAGAGAGAGAAAGAGAGAGAUAGAAAACGAGAGAAUAAGAGAGGACAGAGAAAUAGAGACUGGGAGAGAAAGAUAAAGAAAGAAAGAUAGAUCAAUCGAUCGAUCGAUAGAAAGAGAAAUAGAGAGAGAGAGAUAGAUAGAGAGAGAGUGAUAGAUAGUUAGAUAGAGAGAGAGAGAGAGAGAGAGAGAGAGAGGAGGGAGAGAUGUAAAUAAUUAUGCAUGAUGUUAACUUGUCUUUUAAGUUAACAGUUUUCCUAUUUCUAUAAUGAAGCGUUUACAUUUCUAAUCCACGAAUAAGGGUUAAGCAUUGAAUAAAAUUAAUUAGUUACAUUAGAAUUUUUUCCCCAUAAGGCAAUUUAUUUUUUUCUUCAAAAAUUUGAUCCAAACAUCCUAAAACGUGAUGAGACACCUUGAAACCACAUGGCAUGAGCGUCAUGUCUUUAUUGACAGCUUGAGCCUAGCCCCGCCCCUCCACGUCACGACCAAUCGCAGCGGAUUAACUUCUCCUCUUUUCUUUUCCUCUUCCCUAUUUAAUCUCUAACCUACUUAUUUUAUGUCGCAAUUCUUUUCCUGCCCUCUCGGAUUCUACUUCUCAGCUAAAGGCUAUUUUUUUUCUUCAAAUUUAUUGUUUUUUUCUUCUGUUGUUUGUUCGCUGACGAAGGCUUCCUGCCGACACGUCCGUUGCUUUGUUGUGUUCUUUUUUCAGGUUGGACCUUACUUUGUUUUACUCAUUUCCUAUUGAUGAGAUACAGUUAUUUAGUCCCACCGACCUCACAGAGAGAUAGGGCUGACUCAGUAUGUGUUGAUUUGGUGGCGGUCAGGGUCAAGGGUCAAGUUCAACUCGGGGAAGAUUUUAAAAUAUCUCUUUAUCGGGAAAUUAAAUAGAAAAAAAACCACAGUGGGUUAAAGACAUCCAGUGAUAAUUUAAAUCACAGCAACAGAGUGAUAGAGAGGGGGCGAUAGAGACAGAUUGAGAAUGAGAGAAAGAGAUAGAGAUAAAGAGAGAUGGGGAGAGAGAGAGAGAGCACGAUAGAGAGACAGAGAGCACGAUAGAGAGACAGAGAGAGAGAAUGAGAAAAAAGAGAUAGAGAGAUGAAGAGAAAGCGAGAAAGAGAGAGAGAUAAAAAGAGAGAGAGAGAGUUUUGUUCAACUGCGCACAUAUUUGUAAAGUACAGUGAGUAGGCGCGGCUUUUCGCUUUGUUAAAAAAAUAAUAAUAUUGUUUCGGGUGUGUGCGCUGUCCACCAUUGAUUUUUAAAUGGUAAAAACCUGCUCACGAUGACACACAUACCGCCACCUGGUGGUGUGAUGGACGCGAUGUACAAUCUCCUGUCUACAUGUACACGCCGUACACAGUCGUGAAGCACAAAAACAACGGAACUCACGUAUAGUUUAAUUAAGGCAGAUGUAGUAUAAAGGGAGUGCGUACUUAAUUUAUGUAUGGUUGGCAUCCCCUCGGAGGCGUAGCGAGGGAGUUAGGCGCCCGGGGACAAGAUUCGCGCCCGGGGACAAGAUCCAUGUUAAAGCGCCCCUUCUUCUUUUUUUCAACUCUCAAACCCAUUAUUUUUACCAAUAAUAUAAUAUCAAAGCACAUUUUGGCGCCUCUAACUAGCUUGCACCCAGGGACAUCUGCCCCCCUCCACCCCCUCGCUACGCAUCUGCAUCCCCUUCUACUCCUCCAACCAUCCGGUCAUUUUGUCUUUUGACCCCUUUCGCCUCCUUAUAUAUAUAUAUAUAUAUAUAUAUAUAUAUAUAUAUUUUUUUCCUCUUCUCUCUCUCAUAUAUAUAUAUAUAUAUAUAUAUAUAUAUAUAUAUAUAUAUAUAUAUAUACAUAUAUAAUAUAUAUACAUAUAUAUACAUGAAAAUAUACAUCAAAGUAACCCACCUAACAUUCUUUACAAUGUAGAAUUUGUUCCUCUUUUAAAAAAAAAUAAAUAAAUAAUACUUUUUUUUUUACAAAUCUUGAAUGACUGAAACUAUUAUUCCUCUGCCGAACGGAAAUCUCUCUGCAAAUCAGUUACGUGGUCAGUCUAAUCGAGCGUCCAUAUUAGGGAGAUGAAAAGUGCUACUGAGACUGUUUAAUUUUUUUUUAAAAGAACUUCAGCGUACCGCAAAGUAGAGACGUUAUCUAAAAAAAGUAUGUGAACGCGAUAUUUUAAAUGAAUACAUAAUAAUAUGUAUAUGAAUUAGUUAUUGCUCGCCAAACACUGGCGGCGUCAAUGCGUGAACUUCCCAUCUACUAAAGUUACUUGACAAAACAUGAACUCAAGUAACGCACAUUUAAGAAUCCCAAUAUUUGCUACACCCCUUCCCCCCCCCCCAUGCUACGUCACUGCACACUUUUUAUUUCACGCACAUGAACUGUAUUAAAUAUUCUGAUGUCCCAACCGCUUUUAAACCUAAUAUUUUUUUACACCAUGCUUCGAUUGAGACGACUUCAUUUUCCGAAAAUAAAAUAUUACGCGCCAAACGCACUUGUGUUAUGUAAAAAAAUAAAUCAUUUAGCGUAGUUAUCGGGAAUUAUAUUUUGCACGCUUUUGAAACCACUAUUGAACCAUACGUUUAGAAUUAUUUGUAAGAUACUCUCAAUACCAAAUUCGCUGAUCAGGAAGCAGUCCAUACGGAAGCAGUCCACGAGACACACCAGAAGCGUAAAAUAUUUAAGAGAUAAGAGAUGUAUAUAUCCCCCCCCCCACACACUUUUUUCUCCCACCUAAAUAGUAUGUAACAAAAUUAGCCUCGUCUUUGAACUAAACGCACUAAAAACUGUCUUUAGAAGGGUCAUGACCAUGAGGCAUCAGGGACUUCAAGCGGGGAAAAGUCCAGAACAGAUGAUUCGGUCCACCAGAUUUAAGUGGGGUCUUCAAAAACGGAAUGUUUUUUUUUUUUCAUGAGUUGAGAACCGGACCAGAAAAAAAAAAGAGAUUGGAGAUGGAUAUCGGUGACGUUUACUAGCUGACCCCCUUAGCACCCCAACCAGGCUACUCACCGCAGAAACGUUGAACGAGUAAUCGAGACUUUGAACAUGAUACCUUUGCUAACACCGGCAGGGAAUAAUAUUAUAACAAUUCAAAAAUUUAGAUGUUAUUUGUGUAAAGUUAAGUAUAUAUAUAUAUAUAUAUAUAUAUAUAUAUAUAUAUAUAUAUAUAUAUAUAUAUAUAUAUAUAUAUAUAUAUAAUAGAACGACCAAAAUGUCGGCUUCGGUUUCGGCGCCGACAGUUGCCGUUUGAUCACUUUCGGCCUCGGCCGAAACAGAAAAGUUAAGUUUCGGUUUAUUUUCGGUUUUGUCCUCAGGUGAUUGAGGCCUUCAGUCUUCUACCAGUUCUCUAAUGGUUACCCGUCCGUCGGCCGGCAAUCCGAUUUUCAUUGUUGCUCGACGUCUUCCUCUCAUCGUAUAGUACAUAACACAUCCUCUGCCAACACGGCUGCGUGUUGACUCACGUGUCCAAUAUUUCCACAAACAAACAAAAAAUGAAAUUUCAAUAAAGCAAAGGGAAAAGUAAAUAGUUUUGUGGGGAAGACAAAAACAACCACUAAGGGGAUGGUAAUAUUUUAAAAAGGGGCUAACAUUCGAGAGCAAAUGGAAAAUUGACUAUUUCAAAGUUAAUCCAGAUCCGAUAUGGAUGAUAAACAAGGGGUUUGUUGGGCUAAACAACAAAAAGUAGUUAAGACAUUUACAGCUGACCGAUGGUUGAAGUGACACUACAAAAAAAAAGUGUGGGGGUGUGUGAGGUUCAAUUUCUUCGGCCAAUUGUACGAGACACUUAAGACAAAUAAAUAUUGCCAUAAAAGUUGCCCCGUCACCUUUCGCGGCGCGCAGAACGUCUUUGAAAACGAGUUUUGAAAUCUUUAAAUAUUUCGGUUUUGGCCGAAAGACUCGUUAAGCUGCUGGUUCCAGCUGCGGCUUUAGUUUCGGCUGAAAAUCAAUGGUUUUGGCCUGGUUUCGGUUUCGGCCAAAAUCAGAAAAAUUACUUUCGGUGGGUCCCCAAUAUAUAUAUUGGUGUAAGUUUAACAAAAACCUAAUCCCCACAAAUAGCUACUGUGAACCUAGUUUUGUUUAAGAAAUAUAUCUUUAUGUAAAGUUACGGUAAACAUAUUUUUUUGUUGACAAGCCCAUAUCUGGUGUGUAUCCGUUAGGUGGCGGCCCUGAAGCGCUACGGCUCCUACCCAUGUUAACCUGGCGAUUGAAACCAAUUUAUUAUCCCAAUAACUCACGGUGUAUGCAGCUGAUAAGAGAUUCUCAUUUUUCUUUUUAAAGAAACGACGCGUGUUGGGUGGUGGUUUGGGGGGGGGGGGGGGGGGGGACUUUUAAGUAGAUUGUCAUUGUUUCUCCCAUCUCUGGUGUUGCGAUAUAGGACUUGGGGUGCGUUUCCACACUCCUACUAGGAUCUCACCCUCCAACUGGGGUCCCAUGCUCCUACUACACCUACCCUCCUUGUACACCCACCCUCCUAUUUGUGUCCUCCCCUCCUACUUGUGUCUCACCCUCAUUUUCGUGCUCCACCUUCCUACUAGUGUCCCACUCUCCUACUAGAUCCCACCCUCCUACUAGGGUCUCACCCACCUACUAAAUCCCACCUUCCUACUAGGUCUCACCCACCUACUAGGGUCUCACCUCCUACUAGAUUCCACCCGCCACUGGCAGGCAUCCCGCCUUUCUACUGGGCUCUAAUCUCCCACUGAGGCUCCACCCUCCCACUCGGGUCUCACCUCCUACUUGGGUCACAUCCUCCUAUUGGGGUCCCACCCUCCUACUACACCCACCCUCCCACUCGGGUCUCACUCUCCUACUUGGAUCACAUCCUUCUAUUGGGGUCCCACCCUCCUACUACACCCACCCACCUACUAGGGUCUCACCCUCCUACUUGGGGUCACAUCCUCCUGCUACACGCCAUCUCUUUUAUUCAAAUUGUACGUUUACAUUAACAUAAAUCUUGUUAGUCAUGUGAUCAGACAGCUAACGCAGUGUUCAUUUCAAGCCAGUUUUUUUUAAAACGAAAUCUGAUAACGCUAUAAUAUUUUGAAACGGACCACGUCACAUGUAUGUACCUGUACUUGACUUGAUGCCAAGUUGAAAUAACUCCUCAUUAUCUUACGUCAAGAGUCACAUUUACCCAGAGGCAUAGCUAGAGUUUUUCGACGCCAGGGAACAAGAUUCAUUUUUAAGAGCCCCCCCCCCCCCUUUUCUUUUUUUUCAACUCUCAAACCCACUAUUUUCAUCAAUACAAUAAUAUCAAUUCAAAUUUUUGCGCCCUCCAGCUUGCCUGGCACCCAGGGACAUCUGUCCCCCCUGCUCCCCUCCCCUAGCUACUCCUCUGCAUUUACCCUGUGCUUGCUGACCCUUUCUUGUUCCUGUUUCCUUCAGUCGUACCUGUUAUUCUACUGGUGAAAACAUCACGAGUGCUCUUUGAUUGUAUCUCGCCUUCCCGUUGCGGUCCGUCCCCCACAACUGUCAGUUUCGUAUCGCAACCUCCGCGCUCUUUUAGAGUUGAGAAUCGGCCCUGCAGUUCAAGACACCGCGGAGAGAUCUCCUUUUGCUCUUUGGGGGAUUCCUUGCAGUACGGCGCUUAGCACUGAAACCCGAGCGCUUCUUUUGUAGUAGUGGCCCAAGGAAUGUCAACAAAAAAUGCCUCGGGAUCAGUGGUUCUAAGAAAGGUGCCUUCCCAUAGGACAUCGAAGGAGCUGUGGAAUUCAGUACAAUGUCAUAUUGGUAGAAACGACCUCAACCUGCUGGUGGGAAAUCUUACAUGUUCUCCUUUUUUUUUUGUUUGUUUCUUUGUUUGUUUAUUGUUUGUUUGUUUAUUGUUUGUUUUGGGUAAGGUGUUGCGGCGAGGACUUGACAUUAUUUAAACGGAUCAGAUUGUGUCAUUCUUUUCUUUCCUUUUUUGUUGUUGUUGAUGUUGUUGUAAAUAAGGGAGUCGUGUGAGUAUCUCACGCGAACUCGUUAAUGUAUAAGGCGAGGUACUUAGAUUAAAGAAUUGAGACCCACCACACGUUUUGGUUAUGUCCCCGCAGGUUUGUUUCACUUUGAAUUUGAACAGUGCACAGGGCCAGGCAUGUGUGUGACGUAUCGAGUUCCGUGGCAUUAUUGCUGAGUAAAUAUUGUUCAGAAGUUUAUAGUUCCUGGUUGUGAGUCUGCCCGCGGCAAUGUUGUGGUUGGUUUUUGUUUUUUGUGUGGUGUUUUUGUGAUUCUUUUAUUAGGGGGCUGGUACGCUGGUACAAACACGUCUUUUUGACUUGGUACAAGGACGUGUAUAGUUAUAACUAUCCUCGGAGUUUAUGCGAUUAACUGUAUAAGAAUCAAUACAAAACAGUUUUUUUUUAAAAUUAUUAAAUUAUGUUAGACAUGAAGCACUUGAUUAAAAAAAUAAACAACACUAAAAUUCAUACGAUAAGCCGAGGACCAUUUGGCAUGUCCCUAAUGCCCGUGACAUUCUGUUCACGUGACCUCCUGUGCCCGUGACCUUCUGUUCACGUGACCUCCCGCUCGGAGUGUUGGAGCCAAUUCUACUUGCAUGGAGUCGGAUUCAGUAAAAUGCCCACAGAUUCAAAGAAUUACCGAAACCUUUCUCUGAAAGCAUCGCAUGGUUUCAUUCUAACUGGCUUUAAACACUAUAAAAUAAAUAAGGAUUUCCCCCUUCACGGUAGUAUUCUUUAAAAAAAAAUUUUUUUCCCCCGGAUGAUUGUAAUGCAUGACGGGCAACAUCUAGUAGUUGUUGGUGUAUUGUUGUGAAGGCUUUGUUGGCAAUUCGGCAGGUUUGUUGCUGUUUCAAGUAGUGUUAGUUUUAGCCUUUGUGAUGAGCUCAAUUUCAGUCAAUUUUUCAGUUAAGCUUUAGUAAUAAUUAUACAUAAUGCACAAGUAAACGUUUCGGCAGAUGCCUUCAUCAGUACAAACAGCAUUAGGGACAUGCUCGUUAGAAGCCACCUCCCUGCUAUUACAGCACACAAAGACACCAAAAGUUGCAAUCGUAGCCGUUGUAACACAUGUCCCUACGUGAUUGAAGCUGAUAAGAUCACUUUCCCUCUGGAAAUAUUCAGAAGAAAAGAGGCCUUUACCUGCACAUCAUUUGAAAAAAGUGCGGUAAAUUAUACGUAGAAGAGAAAGGUCGUCGCCUUGGAGAGCGGUUCAGAGAACACCUCAAUAACAUAAAUAAACAAGCUCUCUGUCCGGUCUUCAAACAUUUCAAUAGCCCUAAACAUGAUGGUAUCUCAGACAUCGCAGUUACUGGUAUACUAUAUACUAGUAACACAACAGAUAGAAUCUAUAUGGAGAAUAAAUUAAUAACACGAUUUGGUACGUUGUCUCCAUAUGGGAUAAACCAAAUCCACAAUUUUACCUAGCUGCCAUGUCUUUUUCCUGUUUGAUUUUUACAAUUUUGCUCACAUCACUUCCUAUUUUUUUAUAUUUUUUAUUUUUUUAGGUAGGAUAUGUAUAUUUAUAUUAUGUAAUUAUAAUUUAUUCUUAUUUUUUAUUUGUACUGAUGAAGGCAUGUGUCGAAACAUUUACUUGUGUAUUAUGUAUAAUUAUUAUUAAAGCUUAACUUAAAUUGUUAUAGUGACCCAAAUUGUUCGUGUCUUAAUAAUCUAGAGUGGUUCAAGGACGUUAUUGCUCGGACCAAUACUGUUAUAGUGACCCAAAUUGUUCGUGUCUUAAUAAUCUAGAGUGGUUCAAGGACGUUAUUGAUCGGACCAAUACAUUGGGGGGGGGGGGGACAACAACAACGUCUAUCUAAUACUUGAUUGUAGUUUUAAAAAAAAUUCUUCCUAAGUUUUGAAUUCAACAAAGGAUGAUGGUAUGCUAACAAUUUGCAAGCUCCAGACACCCAACCUGGUUGGCUGGCUACCUCUGAGCUUGAGUUGAGAGCUUUUGUGUUACUGGAUUCAAUCUUCACACGUUCUGAAUAAAAAUGAGCUUUGAAAUCUCUCAAUUUUUUAUGUAGUCACACGAUAGUAUUAAUAAGUAUGCAGCAGGUUUUACCAAACUUUGCAAAGUUUUUUAACACAUAAAUAUGCUAUAUAAACACCAUUUUUUUUUUUUUUUGCUUUAAAAAUGACACAUUGAGCAGCAGAGCAUUAUUACUGCCAGGAGCGCCAAAUUCUAGUGGCGUUGUUUUGAUUUAAAAAAAAAAAAUAUUUUAAACCCCAAAUUCACGGAAAAUAAGUUAUAUUUAAAGUAGGCCUAAUGAUAUUAUUUUUGUGUAAAAAAUCCCUAGUUUGAUUUGUUAAGCGAGCUCCUUCAAUAACAUUUACACCAGCGGUUCUCAACCUGUGGGUUACAACCCCCUUAGGGGGUCGAACGACCGUUACACAGGGGUCUCCUAAGACCAUCGGAAAACACAAAUUUAUGAAGUGGCAACAAACAUAAUUUUAUGGUGGUUCUGGGGGAAGGGGGGGGGGGUCACCACGACUUGAGGAACUGUAUUAAAUGGUCACGGCAUUACGAAAGUUGAGAACCACUAUGACUAUUUGUGUUUUCUUAUCCCUCAUUUAGAAAGUAGGGAUUCACUCGACACUUGAAAGCAAAAGAAACAACAACAACAACGAUAGAAGUAAAAAAAAAAAAAAAGUCAGAGAAAAUAUAACUGUUUUCGAUCUUUUCACCCCGAUCAAAAUUAUGAAGUCUGAUGUAUGGACGAGACAUUUGAUGGAUUCGUAGACUCAAGACAUGUGACUCAAACUGACGUCACCCAAACCUUUUUUUUUUAGAUCAGUGAUUUGACAGAGGCACAGCUUCAGUUCAGCGCAGUAAAAAAAAAAAAAAAAAGACUUAAUAAAAAAAAAAAACUCGGAGAUAUCACGGCUACGAGGAGACAAUACAUGCUUCAAAACAUCGGUUGGCGCACAGGGGGCGCCAAAACCAUUUCAAGGCGGGAGAUCGUAUAUUUAAUAACAGCCAGUUAGCAUAAAUUAUGCCUCACCGUGUUCGAAUCGUGCAAGGGCAAGGCAAAAUAGCCUCAUUUUUCACUUUCUAGGAUAGGAUAAAAUCUCCAUCAAGGGUAACUCUUUUGAGUGAUACCGUCGUUAUUGAUACCCGUAGUUAAUACUCCCAUUCAUCGUGGAUACUGUAUCGGUCAAGCUGAUUGUAUUUUGACUCUGAUGUACACCCGAGGCUUGAAUAAACUGGAGUAUUCGAUUUGACUUAAAUUUGAUGAGACUCGUGAUGAUUCUUUCCGCUGCCACCGGACGUAAGGUGUUGGUCUCAAAAUACGAGUCCAGAUAACUGAACAUCCGGAUAUUUCAAUUUGUGCCGUACACAGGCUCCAAAUAAAGAACGAUCAUGAAUUUUAAUUCGUAUGUAAACCUUAAUAUAUAUAUGUAUAUAUACUCCUACAAAGACAGUCAAGUUAUUAAUUAAGAAGACGGGUUGUCCAUUUUUUUGGCAGUCUUGAAACGGUUCCCAAAGAAGAGUAAAAACCUUCAGCGAGUCCUAGUGACAAAUCAAUGAGAUCGUUGGCCUUUAGCAGCUCUUUGUUUUCAAUCGAUGGUUUCCGGGUUUUCUGAGGCCAGAUUCCAGGGUCUGCGGGCGCUUAUUUCACCGGUCACAACAAAAUGCGCGUGUGGAGCUGUUGUAACCCAUCAAAGGUUUUCUCACUCGGGAUCCCUGUAAAUCUGGCUUACACUCGUUUAAAUAAACUAUUUAAAAAUCAUUACUUCUCUCAGACUGCUGGUCUAUUUGUUUCACAAGCAACUCCUAAGCAAAUCCUUUCGCAACCCCAUUUGAGGUCACCUCCCAUGGACUGGAAACCUGAGCUCUAGUAACUUGAUUAUCCCAUGACACAUUAUAACAUGUAGUUGCUUGUUGUUUUUUNCACAACACACAACACACACACACAACACAACACACAACACACACACACACAACACACAACACACACACACAACACACACACACAACACACACACACAACACACAACACACACACGCGCGCAAAUGCAUACAUAUAUAUUAUUCUUUAGAUGAUUUGAACGAUACUUUCAAUCAGUGGGUCUCCAAUGGAUGCACAAAGACAAAAUAGAUAACAUUUAGGAAGCGGCAUCUCUCAGGUUUGCGUCCCACACUUAAGGAAUGAAUCCUUGAUAAUGCUUACAAAUGUAUGAGCACGUGUUUUUGAAUGUUUCUCUGUGUCGACCCCAUCAUCCCCAGGCCCUCUUAUGAAACCUCUGGAAUAUGGCCAUGUGAGAAAAUAACAAGUUUUGUUGAACGUGUCUACAGUUUGAGACCAUGUGUUUUAAAACACUGCCUACUUUGACUAAGAUCCGGUUUUUAAAAACACUGCCUGCUUUGACUAAGACCCGGUGUUUAAAAACACUGCCUACUUUGACUAAGAUCCGGUGUUUAAAAACACUGCCUGCUUUGACUAAGACCCGUUGUUUUAAAACACCUCCUGCUUUGACUAAGACCCGUUAUUUUAAAACACCUCCUGCUUUGACCAAGACCCGUUGUUUAAAAACACCUCCUGCUUUGACUAAGACCCGUUGUUUUAAAACACCUCCUGCUUUGACUAAGACCCGUUGUUUAAAAACACCGCCUGCUUUGACUAAGACCCGUUGUUUAAAAACACCGCCUGCUUUGACUAAGACCCGUUGUUUUAAAACACCGCCUGCUUUGACUAAGACCCGUUGUUUUAAACACCUCCUGCUUUGACUAAGACCCGUUGUUUUAAAACACCUCCUGCUUUGACUAAGACCUGUUGUUUUUAAACACUGCCUUCUUUGACUAAGACCCGGUGUUUUAAAACACCGCCUGCUUUGACUAAGACCCAUUGUUUUAAAACACCUCCUGCUUUGACUAAGACCCGUUGUUUUAAAACACCUCCUGCUUUGACUAAGACCCGUUGUUUUAAAACACCUCCUGCUUUGACUAAGACCCGUUGUUUAAAAACACCGCCUGCUUUGACUAAGACCCAUUGUUUUAAAACACCGCCUGCUUUGACUAAGACCCGUUGUUUUAAAACACCUCCUGCUUUGACUAAGACCCGUUGUUUUAAAACACCUCCUGCUUUGACUAAGACCCGUUGUUUUAAAACACUGCCUGCUUAGACUAAGACCCGUUGUUUUAAAACACUGCCUGCUUAGACUAAGACCCGUUGUUUUAAAACACUGCCUGCUUAGACUAAGACCCGUUGUUUUAAAGCACUGCCUGCUUAGACUAAGACCCGUUGUUUUAAAACACCUCCUGCUUUGACUAAGACCCGGGACGCCAAAAAAGACUUCGCGUACAGUUUUACAAUACCUUCCGUCGUUACAGUUACCAUUCUUACAAUUUACGCGAACAAUAUCAGGCAUAUGGUGUCCGUAAUGGUGGGUUUAGUCACGGUUGAAUGCGGAAGACCUUGCAGUGGUCUAUUAUUUUAAACGGAUUAUCUUGCGACAGGUGAGGCGUUGCAGUGCGGUAGACUCCAACACGCAGUUCACAUGUGGCGCUGUGUGUGCAGGAUGUGCAUAGAGGAAUGAGUGUUUCCAGGUCGCUGUGUACUUUCAGACCCGGUGGUAAAUGAGCCCUUACUUAUCUGUUAAAGUGUCAGUUCACUCGGUGUCAUUUGGUUCGGUGUCAUUUGGUUCGGUGUCAUUUGGUUCGGUGUCAUUUAGCUCAUGUCAUUUAGAACGAUGUCAUUUUGUUUUGGUGUCAUUUGGUUCGGUGUCAUUUUGGUUCGGUGUCAUUUGUUCGGUGUUAUUUGGUUCGGUGUCAUUUGGUUCGGUGUCAUUUGGUUCGGUGUCAUUUGGUUCAGCGUAAUUUAGUUUGAUGUCAUUAAGUUUGGUGUCAUGUUAGUUUGGUGUCAUUUGGUUCAGCAUGAUCUGGUUCGGUGUCAUUUUCUUAUCUUCACACAUAGGCCAGACAGUCUCCAUAAACCACACGGCGCGCACUUAUCUUCACACGUGGCCAGACAGUCUUCUUAAACCACAUGGUGCGCACUUAUCUUCACACACGGGCCAGACAGUCUUCUUAAACCACACGGCGCGCACUUAUCUUCACACACGGGCCAGACAGUCUUCUUAAACCACAUGGUGCGCACUUAUCUUCACACAUGGGCCAGACAAUCUUCUUAAACCACACAGCGCGCACUUAUCUUCACACACGGGCCAGACAGUCCCCUUAAACCACAUGUGCGCACUUAUCUUCACACACGGGCCAGACAGUCCCCUUAAACCAAAUGGUGCGCACUUAUCUUCACACAAUGGCCAGACAGUCUUCUUAAUCCACAUGGUGCGCACUUAUCUUCACACACGGGCCAAAGAGUCUUCGUCCACUUAGACGCGAUACGUGAUGUCUGCGAUUCAUGAACAUUUAUGAUAUCCAAACUUUUUCUCACCUCCUUGGUAAACUAUCUAAAUCGUAUCAUUGAAAGCUGACACAAGCUCAUAUUAACAGUCAGCACUUUUAUAAAAAAAUGUAUUGAUAAUAGCCUUAAUCAGUGCCAGUGGCGUAGCGAGGCAGGUGCGGGGGGUGCGGACCGCACUGGGUGACACCAUUUUAGGGGUGACACCCGAUUGAAAAAUUGCAUAUUUACAGGGCACACAUUGCUCGCAAAAACCGAGAUUCAUAAAAGAAUAACCGAUCACACAUAUAUUUUUCACAAAUGUAACCAAAAUGCGUGCUUUAUUAAAAGUUCAAGGUUGAUGCUAUACUGUGGACUUAUUUUAACAAGAAAAAAUCGAUCAUAGAAGUUGGGGGGGGGGGGUGACACCCAUGAGUUUGCCGCACCGGGUGACACCAACCCUAGCUACGCCACUGAUGAGUGCCAUUAUAGGACCUUCCAGCCCGUUUUAGGAACCACUAAAGUAUUUUAGCCUUGAAGUGGUCCGUGAUGCUAUGGACCCUGGGAACAUUUCGUCACGCAAAUUUUGCAUGGCUGUUACGAUAAUGCACCUCAAGGAAAUUUUAGGUAAGGGACUAAAAAAUCUGUUCCGCAUGAGUGGCCCAGGAACAUCUGACACACGUGUGUGUUACAGCGCAAUCCAGGGGGGAGGGGGGCUAGAGAUGGUGGUGGUGGGGCACACUGACGUUUUUACGCUUGAGGCACAAGGUAAAGUUGACCUGGUUCAACGCUUUAAGUUUUCAUAAAGACAGCACAAUGCAUUAGUAACAGAGGUCUAACUUGUGUACGGUCACGGUUACAAGUGUGGUAUUAUAUAAAUCUAUAUGAACUCUUUACUGACACACGCCUGACUUAAUGACUGAUCGAUCGACAAUGAUAGAUACACUUACCACCCGAUUUACUGACUCACUUACUAAGGGGCCGAUUCAGUUACUGACUGAGGAAUUGACUUACCACCCGACUAUUAAUCUGACUGACUUACUGAGAGGUUUUGUGGCGCCUUAACCGGCUGACACACUGACUGACACACCAACUGACACACCGACUGACACACCGACUGUCACACUGACUGUCACACUUACUGUCACACUGACUGACACACUGACUGAGACACUGACUAACACACUGACUAACACACUGACUGACACACUGACUGACACACUGACUGACACACUGACUGACACACUUUCCUUCACACUGACUCACCCAACUGACUGACACACACACUGAUUGACACACUGACCUACACACUGACUGACACAAAUGACUGACACAUCGAUCGAUUAAACUACCGACUUGUCGACUCACAGAUCGACUGCGUGAAGUUUGUGAAAAGGUGGUGGACACAAUCUGACCUCAGUAUAAAAGGCGGUGGACACAAUCUGACCUCAGUAUAAAAGCCUUCACCUAUUUAUUCCCACCCUGAAUCUUAAAAAUUUUUAGAAAAAUUUAUUUUUGUAUACACACAUUCAAAAAUUGAUGGCAAAUAAGUCUACUGGAACACUGCGUGUUACGAUAACUUUCAGAGAAUGUUUGGGUUCUGCUGACAGCGAAUCAUGUUUUCUUUCGUCCUAAUUUUAAAAUAUUCUAGCUUAUUAACAAAUUCCGUUACUGAAUAAUUUGAAGUUUAACGAAACAAAACUUGUCCUAAAAUAAUAUCGCUAGAACUUGAUCUCACCGAAAAAAAAAAAAAUUAUUAUACGUAAAUAGAUCAUGUUUUCUUGCGUCGGUAUUUUUAAAUAUGUUACCUUAUUAAUAAAUUUCGUUACUGAAUAAUUUGAAGUUUAACGAAACAAAACUUGGCCUAAAAUAACACCGCUAGAACUUGAUCUCACCAAAAGAAUGAAACAAAAUAAAAUAAAUAAAAAAUUUGAUAUUAUUACGUGUAAUUAGAUAUUGUUUUCUUGAACAUUUUGACUAGCAUACAUGAGGACGCAGCCAUAAUUUACCCCCAUAAGCCUUUGAUUGUUCUACCCUACACCUACGUCUCCAUACACGCCAAGUCCGUCGCAGCAGGUGUUGUAACUCCGGCACGGUCAUCAAUCACGCUUGAUCGUUUUUCAGUAAUCAUUAUCGAUUACCGAUGAUUAGCACGUUAGAUCCAACCCUCUUUGUGCGCUGCCGUUCUUCGGUAUUACCAUUUCGCACAGCCGGAUUAAACCGGAGCACAACAGAUUACAAUAGUGUUGUUGUGUGGGAGUGUUGAACUACUUAUUCAGGGAAUUUAAUUAAUGUAAAUCUAGUUUGGGAUUUUGUCUGUUUGCUGUAAGCGUUCCUGAAAUGUUGAGUUAGAGGAUUUUAUUUGUUGUGAAAAUGUAUAUUUUAAAAAAAAUUAUUCCUAUUUAGAUACAGGUUUGUUGCUUAAGUAAAUAUUAGCCAUGCGCGAGUUAAAAAAAAAUAAUAUUAUAAAGAAACAAGUAGAUUCUUCAAUGCGAUAACGUCUCUUAUCGUAACUGAAUCGUAUGUGCAGUGGCCAGUUAAUUGUAAAAUUACAACCAUUUUUCCAAAAAAACUUAAAAAAAAAAAAAGGACAAUUCUUCCAAUUCCAAGAAGCUAUUUUUUUUUUUUUCCACCCCCCCAGUUGAGUUAUACAGGGGUACUCCCACCACAAGUAAAGUUACCUUGCUGGUCCCAUGACUCAACUCGACCCCUGGAUGACCCCGGAUGACCCCGGAUGAAACCCGAACCCGCUAACUCCUGGUUGCCAGGGAGACAACGUUUGUGUCAAAAUUCAGACAUUGCUGACCUUAGUUGAACAAUUCCCCGGGUUGCCAGGGAGACUACCUUUGUGGCAAGUGUCCGACUUUGUGAAGUGACCCAUAUUCCCUGGUUGCCAGGGAGACUACCAUUGUGGCAAGUGUCCGACUUUGGGAAGUGACACACAUCUCCUGGUAGCCAGGGAGACUACCAUUGUGGCAAAUGUCCGACUUUGGGAAGUGACCCACAUCUCCUGGUUGCUAGGAAGACUACCAUUGUGGCAAAUGUCCGACUUUGUUUAGUGACCCACAUCUCCUGGUUGCCAGGGAGACUACCAUUGUGGCAAAUGUCCGACUUUGUUUAGUGACCCACAUCUCCUGGUAGCCAGGGAGACUACCAUUGUGGCAAAUGUCCGACUUUGGGAAGUGACCCACAUCUCCUGGUUGCCAGGAAGACUACUAUUGUGGCAAAUGUCCGAUUUUGUUUAGUGACCCACAUCUCCUGGUAGCCAGGGAGACUACCAUUGUGGCAAAUGUCCGACUUUGUUUAGUGACCCACAUCUCCUGUUAGCCAGGGAGACUACCAUUGUGGCAAAUGUCCGACUUUGUUUAGUGACCCACAUCCCCUGGUAGACAGGGAAACUACCAUUGUGGCAAAUGUCCGACUUUGGGAAGUGACCCACAUCUCCUGGUUGCUAGGAAGACUACCAUUGUGGCAAAUGUCCGACUUUGUUUAGUGACCCACAUCUCCUGGUAGCCAGGGAGACUACCAUUGUGCAAAUGUCCGACUUUGUUUAGUGACCCACAUCUCCUGGUUGCCAGGGAGACUACCUUUGUGGCAAGCGUCCGACUUUGUGAAGUGACCCAUAUCUCCUGGUUGCAAGGGAGACUACCAUUGUGGCAAAUGCCUGACUUUGUUUAGUGACUCGAUGUGUCCUUCUCUGAAUCUUUACUAUUGAGAGUUUUGCUUAGUUGCAACCCUGCAGUGAAAUGCAUCUCUUUACAUUAUCGCCAUCACAAGAAGGAUUAAAGUACUAGCCAUGUGUACUGAAUAUUGGCUAAGCUUUGUUUUCUUACCUAUGCCGGGGUAGGGCCAGUUUUUUUACCUUUUUUUUUCUUUUUUUUCUUAGGAGACUAUUCACACGGCCGUGGAAAGUGUGUACAACACUCUGCAGAGGUGGGAGCUGUUGGGGCUUAACGUGGUAGUAUACUCCGACUCGAGAUCCGCCCUUGAGAUCUUGGGUCGGGGAGCGGGUACCUCUCACUUGGUUGGCGCCAUCAUGGAUGACGUGGGCAAGAUCGAUGGGAUAGGAGGAAUGGUAACAGUGCUGGCGGUUCAAGGCCACGUUAACGUCAGCGACAAUGAAAAAGCGGACACCUUGGCGAAAACCGGGGCUGCCCAGCCUCAGUCAGAUGUAUCAGAAACUCAUCUGGUUGUACAAAACUGGUUGGCGGACCAUUUUCGCACAAAAUGGUUCAGGGAGUGGGCAGACAACACGACAGCAAGAGGUGUAUUCGCUAACUUGCCGUAUCCUAGCAGACAAGACACCUGGUGGGGGUUAGGUCGCAGGCAGCGGAGCUAGUGACGCAGAUGCGUACCGAGCACUGUCCCAUCGGCAUAUAUUGGAACAGGGACCCUACCUGCCGGCAUUGCAGCCUGGUCCCAGAAACACUAGCGCAUCAGUUGACCGAAUGUCCCUCUCUAGACGUUUCGAGGGGAGGCCAGGGUGGUGGGAAAGCCCUACGUAAGGGAAAUGUUAUAUGGCUCAGCUCAGCAGUUGGAAUUGAUUGCCUAAAUGUACAAGCCGGGGUUAUAAGAGAGUAAUCUUAAACCCUCAACAGAAAAUGUGUCUUGAUUACAAGGAUUAAAUUCAGACAAAAAUAAUAUUUCAGAGUUGUGGAGUCGGUUUUUUGGCUCCAACUUUGGAGCUAAGCUCUGUAAAAUAUGAGGCCAGAUUCAGUUGUUGUUUCUUACAUAGGAUUCGCUAUGAUUAUUUAAAAAUUAUAUUUCUUGUUUUGUAAUGUUUAAUUGUGAAAUAAACAGGAACAGGUUCUGCCACUUUCCAUUCUGGAAAUUCCCCACUUUGUGCUGCAAAUAGAAACAAAGGGGGAAAAAAUAGUUGACCCUCUCCUUAGUUUAGAACAUUUUCUCUUAGCCUGGAGUGCCUAAAAUGCUUGUUCGUUUAAGGCCUUUAUAGAAAAAACAACAACUUUGCCUAGCUUUGAUAUAUAAAUAUGCCACCAUAUUAUAUCCUGUUUACGUUAUUGCGCCUUCAAAAAUGUAAACAACACCAGUAUUAUUUCAUGUGUGAAAAGUGGUGUACCCUAAUGGAUGCGUCAAAUAAACCCAAAAGAAACAUAGAUUAUAAUAAUGUAAUAUGCAUAUUUUUAAUAGGAGGUGAUGGUCAUCCGCACUUUUCACAAAGUUUUUCGCGGCAAGGCAAUCAUCAUAACAUGGCUUCGCAAUGGUUUUGUUAUGCAGAUUUAGGAAUUGCCUGGAAAAAGAGGGGGAGGGGGGGAGACAGUAUGACAAAUUCAACCCUUAAUUUACGGGGGUAUAAUUAACGAGCCUGUGUAAAUGCACGUGGAUACAGAAAGAAGGGUAUCCAUCACUGGUUCUCUAAUAUCUAGAUCAUGACUUUUAAACUGGGGCUCGUGGAUUGGAUUUUGAGGAUCCGUGAGAUAAAGUAAAUAUGAACCGAUUUGACUUUCACAAAACUGAAGAAAAAAAACACGCCAUUUUUAAUUUUUUUUUAAAUGAUUCCCAACUUAUAGCUCAAGCAGAGGCGUAGCGAUGGGGGGGGGGCAGGGGGACAGAUGUCCCCGGGCGCAAGCUAGUUAGGGGCGCCAAAAUGUGCUUUUAUAUUAUAUUAUUGGUAAAAAUAAUGGGUUUUAGAGUUGAAAAAAAGAAAAGGGGGCGCUUUAAAAUGGAUAUUGUCCCCGGGCGCCAAACACCCUCGCUACGCCACUGAGCUCAAGUGGUCGAUUAGUUUAAAGUAAAUAAGUCAUGAUUUGUAGUUGCAUAAAAAACAACGACAAACUGUCUUGUUUCAGACAUGCUGAUGGUGACCUAUGUCUGUUCAACGGCUGUGACAUACAUACUAUUGAUUACCUUUUAACGUACUAGUCAACAGUAGCGGACGUAAAAUGUAAAAAGUAAAUAUGAACCGAUUUGACUUUCACAAAACUGAAAAAACACGCAAUUUUUAAAAAAAAAAUUUAAAAUGAUUCUCAACUUAUAGCUCAAGUGGUCGAUUAGUUUAAAGUAAAUAAGUCAUGAUUUGUAGUUGCAUAAAAAAAACCAACAGAAAUGCUGAUGGUGACCUAUGUCUGUUCAACGGCUGUGACAUAAAUCAAAUAGAUUACCUUGAACGUACUAGUCAACAGUAGCGGACGCAAAAUGUAUCUAGCGUCAGCCAAUGUGACGUCUUAUCUAUCAUAUAGGUAAUACAAAUUGCUACGCAUAGCUCUACUUCAAACCCAUGCGUGCACACCCUCGCAAACAGAAGGUUGGUAUAACGUUAGCUAACACUCGUCUCAUGGUCCGGUGGCGUUUGCUUGAAAUUGGGAAACUCGCGGAGGAGCUGAAAAAAUCUAUAAAUAAAACACAUACAAAAAAAAAAAAAAAAAUUAAAUAAAAAAAAAAAACAGAAGGUUGGUAUAACGUUAGCUAACACUCGUCCCAUGGGCCGGGGGCGUUUGCUUGAAAUUGGGAAACUCGCGGAGGAGAUAAAAAAAUCAAUAAAAAAAACACAUACAAAAAAAAAAAAAAAAUUAAAUAAAAAAAACUUGGAAAUGUCUACGUCUUGCCCUUGUUUUACAUCAUGGAAAAACAACUAAAAGCCCCCAACACUUAUAAAUUAAAAAGGAUUUUAAUAUUGAAGCGUGUAAAAUCCAAUCCAGUCCAACAAUUUUACGCUGAAACUUCAACAAAUUUUUUUACAUGUAUUUUAAAAAUGAUUAGUCUUUUACCAUAAGGGAUCAAUCAUUGAAUUUCUCAAAUAAGCUGAUCCGAGUAACAUCUUUUGAUUUAUUCCGUAGAUCAAUGCAAACAUAGUUUUGGAGUCUUGUUGCUACAAGGAAAACAAUAAUAAACACAGGUAAAGGGGCGGUGGUAUACAUACUAUUGUUCGCACAUGUUACCCGAUAUUUUAUCUGCAUCAUUAUAAAGUUUAGGUUGGGACCUUCUGGUCGAGGUCAAUACAUUAAUGAAGAACGUUAUUUUAAGGAAAAUUCAACGUGUUUUUUUUUUUUUAAAUACAACAACGCCACACCCCCACUCUGUAGCAUAGGUGGAGUGUGUUGUGGCGCCCGGGGUGGUCCUCUUGAUUGUCCCACCACAUACCUUACACGAUACCCAUCAGGCAUAAGGCUUAUAAAGUUUAUGCAGUGGACCAAAAAAGUGUCAUUUGUGCCCCGCGGGGGGUGGGAUUGGGGAGUGAGGAUUGCCCUUCCACCACCUUCAAUCUCCCUAACCCCCCCCCCACCCCCCUUACAAAUCAUGAUAAGUUUUGCUUUUUAAAGUUUUAUACACGUCGAAGAUGAUGAUUUUUUGAAUCGUAGGAGAAUGACUCUGAUGACUAGGAUGAGAGUACACAAUUUGAUGUUCUGGGUUUUGUCACGUCAAUAGGAUGCACUGUGUGAUAGGUCUUUUCAAGGCGCAUCGAGAUCCAUGCAAAAGAUUUUUAUUGUGUCCCAUUGUCUAUUUCCCCAGCCACACCAUUAACCUGUUCCCAGAUUUAUUACAGAGGGACACACGCAUCUCCCCCUAACAGUAUCAUUAAAAUAUGUGACCCAAGCAACCUUGCAUGGCUAUUAUUUUUUUAAAAGGAUUAUCUUGUGCACCAGAUGUCGGAAUUUUAUAUAAAAUCCCCCCCCCCAUACCAUUGAACAUGACGAAGCUUUGUCUUUUUUUAAAAGGAUUAUCUUGUGCCCCAGAUGUCGGAAUUUUAUAUAAAAUCCCCCCCCCCCCCUCAAUGAUCUAUUGAGUCACAUGACAGCAGCUAACAUUGUGCAUCAUAUGUCUAACACCUAGAGCAACCACGGCUUACUGACAUGGGGCUGAAAACUCUUCUGGAUAAUGUUGCGAUCAAAGUGUUGUUCCCGAACGGGUGAUGACGCACCGUGUUCAUCCAACGGUUAAAUUGUCUCGGGGCCAUGAGAAGGAACAGAUUACAGUUUUUUUAAACGACCCUUGUUGACUUCGUUACGCGGCUUUGCUUUAAAAGGAAAAAAAAAAAACAAAAAAAAACUUUAAAAAUCAAAAAAAGAUUUUAACGAAACUGAAAGCGUAAGAAAUGUAUUCAGAUCCGUGGGAUGACUAGGAAGGAUGAGAAAGACGUAAUCCGGAACUCUUUAAGACAUUUAAGGGAGAAAACCCUAUCAAGAUAAAUUCAGGUUGUUCAAGUAGAAAUUGUAGACUGUUUUUUUUAAAAUUUAUAUAAACAACCCCCCCCCCCCCCCCCACCCCCCCCCCCCAAACACACAGUAAAGAAGAUUCUUGUGAGGACUGCAGCUGUUGAAUACGCCAGUCAAGGAAUGUCACAAUAGCUUUGCACUUAAUAAUAAACCAUAACGUGAAGGAAUUCAGAAUGUCAAGGUCAGUCGUAAGUUACCCCGCCUGUUGUUAUUAACCCGCAGACACAGAUCGUCAACGUCUUUUUGACGCCAUUGUAUUAGGAUUUAGCUGUUGUUACCCGGAUUCGAAAGAUGUCCACUGUCUUUCUGCCCGCUGCUGUAAACGUGACCUCAUGUCCAAGAAUGGCCUCGACGUCAGAAAUAUAACGGCGUGUUCUGGACACUGCUGUGAAAAGUACACAUCUUGCCGAACAUCAUUGAGGGCAUAGAACAAUAUUUAUUCAUGAACAGUCUAACAAUCGCUUUACCCGUAUUUUAGAAUCGAGUUACUUUAAUUUAGAGGUUUAAAAAAAAGGUAACAAUAUUAUUUUGAUAGAUAAAAACCAAGAAACGUCUUUUUGGAAACAAAGACUAAAAAAACCACUUUAAAAAUAAUGAUCCAGCGAGUGAUAGAUAGGCUGCCGAGACCCAUUUUUUAAAAAAAAUAACUUUUUCUCUUACUGUCUUCUAGGAUACUACAUUACAAAUAUGUCUUUAAAAUAAAUUUAUAUCGUUUUUAUUUUUGUUCGUCCCGCUGAAGAAGGCUUCUUGCCGACACAUUCGUUGUUUUGUUGCGCACUCCCCCCUCCCCUUUUUUUUUUCCUUCUUCUUCAGGUUUUCCCAUACUUUGUUUCGCGCUUUUCCUUUUUAACAAAAUACAUUUUAUUUUGUUGUCGAUUUUGUAUUAGAUAUGUGCGGACAUGUCAAUACUUGAGUUUAGUGCUAUCGAGUCUCCCAGUGGACAAACGCCCCCACCCCCCUCACCCCCCCACACACACACACAAUCCGCGUCAGUUCUUCGCACUAUGACAUGGUGGAAAACCUGUGGAAGAAAGGCAAUGCAAAAUGGGGGACGCUCCUUUUUCUCUUCUUCUCUACCCUGUGUACAUUUCUUAUUGCUUCAACAUGAACGCGAUCCUCCCCUGUCAUUACUCUUUCAACUCGAGCCUGACUGCUACUCUUUGUCCUUACUGGUCUCUCAACUUUUUCAUGACGUGUGUAUCAGCCAAGCUGGUCUGUCUGUGCCACUCUUGUCUGUCUGUGCUACGCUUGUCUGUCGGUGCUGCGCUUGUCUGUCUGUGGUGGUGUGCUUGUCUGUAUGUGGUACGCUUGCCUGUCUGUGGUACGCUUGUCUGUCUGUGAUACCCAUAUCUCUUAUCUGACUGUGGUACGUGUGUCUGUCGUGUGUCUGGCUGUGUAGUUUUGCUUUCAAAGGUUUCUUAGUCGAAAUGUGCGCUUCUUUUUCUUUUUUUAAAAAUUCUCCUUCGGGUUUUUCAUAUCCUAUAAAUAUUUCUUAUGGCAUGGUGGAAAGUUUGACGAAUGGAAGGGUAGCGGGGAAAUCCAUCUUUAGGCUGCGGUACCGCGCUAUAUAAAACCACUAAUAAUAAUAAAAAUGUACAAAAUGUAGUAAAUGUACUACAUGUCAUAAAUAUACUACAUGUCAUAAAUGUACUAAAUGUCAUAAAUGUACUAAAUGUGCUGGGUGCUGGGUGGCCGAGCGGUCUAAACGGUCUCAAACCAAACAGCUGGUGGUCUGGAGUUCAAUCCCCACCAAAAGCAAAUCAUCCCAAGCACCCCGGGUAGAUGGGACUCGCUAGCCCUGGACGGCAACCCAUCUAAGAGAAGGCAAACUCUGAAUUUAAACCAGGAGCCAGAAUGAUCAACAAAUUGAUCGUGGGCACCUCAAAUAUAAGAAGAAGAAGAAUAACAAUAAUAAAUCAUAUAUAUAUAUAUAUUUUAGCUUCUCUCUGUUGACAUUUCGUCUGCAUUUUGGAACCAUCGAUUUUGACGUUAAUUGAGAGCCAAUGAAAACGCUCGGAAUUGUUCGCUAAACAUGAUUAAUUCGCUAAACAUUAAUUCGCUAAACAUGUCUAAUUCGAUAAACAUGAUUUAUUAAUCUUAAGGGAGAUUAAUGUGCUGUUAAUUCAACACGCCCCCUCCACUCAUUUGGGGGGGGGGGACCCGAUUUAUUUGCGUCAUUAAAUAAAGUCCAGUAAUCUAAUCAGUGUGUUAAAACAUAUGACGCCCCUGGAGUCAGAGUGAGAGAUCAUGUCUGCAUUGCGCACUUUCGCAUUUGCUGGUCCAACUAUUUGGAACGCCCUUCCUGUCGAUCUCAGAAACAACCAGACACUGGAGUCCUUUAAAACAGAUUUCAAGACACAUCUAUUUCGCAAACACCUUCUGGGAUGAUUGUCAACCUUAUUUUCCAGUUAAUGCAAAAUGGCUGUGUUGCUUGGGGUUGAAAUGGCUAGAAAGACUUUGCCAUUGUAUGCUAGUAAUUAGUUUUUGUAGUGUUGCGUUUGUUUUAAAUGUGGUAAAUUAUAGAUUUGUAUUUCGUUGACUUUUUACCGCGCUUCGAGCCUUUGGGGAUGAAGCGUGUUUUUGAAAUGAACUUUAUUAUUAUUAUUAUUAUUAUUAUUAUUAUUAUUAUUAUUAUUAUUAUUAUUAUUAUUAUUAUUUUUAAAAAAAAUAUCCUUUCUUCCCAGGUGGUGAUAGCAUCACAGGUCGGACCACAACGAAGUCUGACAGCCACGCCCAAUAAAUAUAACGACAGGACAGCGUUGUUACAUUCAGAUCACCUUGCGAUAUCCACGUCAGCCCCCCAGAAAUCUGUCAGUUGUAACAGUAGACGAGCCGAUACUAGCAGCUCCUCGAUGCCAUGAAAAUACGUUGGACACAGAUGAAGACCUACAGAAUGCGCGGACUCUGUGUUUUUGAUUGUACUUUGGGAUCUUCUCUUUUUACUACGCUGGACAGAUACGUGAUUUCGACAACUGAUGUGUUAGCGUAAUCAUGAAUUCUCACGCUCAGGGGCAGAUCUUUCGCCCCACGCCAUUGCAAGAGGGCAGUGAAAAUAUCAGACAUUAAAUUCAUAACUGAUUAUAAAUUCGCCAUUGUGAAUAUCCAAUGGAUAUUAAUGAAGGUUUAUUUAGCAGAAUGUUUCACUAUAUAUAAUAUUCAAUAAAAAAUUCAUUCUACAAUAUACGUAUAACGGAAUUGAACGAUUUUGGAGAAGUUUAAAAUUUUCGUAAAAAAUUCAAGCGUCCAGUUUGUGAUGGAUGGGAUAAACAUCCUUAAAUCAGUGCAACGUCCGACACCCGGACCGUCUGUGCAAUGCUCGACACAAUAGACACAUUCAAGAUGUCGACCACUUCAGAUGUGUUGAAUGGACGAGGCGUUGUUCAAGCUUCAGACAACCUCACCGCGGGUGAUGCUGGCAAUGCUGCGACCAACAGCACGACAAGUCUGACAGACAUGAACGACGCCAAGGCCGAGACCCUCAUCUCUGCCAUGGUGCUUCUUGGAAUCCUGAUGAUCGUCGGCAUCGUGGGGAAUUCCCUAGUGGUGUACGUGUUCUGCUUCAAGAUGAAGACCGGCACACAGAACAUCCUCAUCGUCCUCCUGGCCGUGUUCGACCUGCUCAGCUGCUGUCUCUCCAUCCCGAAUGAGAUCGCCGACAUGAGGUACUUCUUCAUGUUUGGCUCGGAGGAGGCUUGCAAGAUCAUGAGGUUUGUGAUACUCUAGAAAGAGAUACUCUACUCAGGAUUUACUUCUAGUAUGCAAAUGAUUAAGAAAUAAAUACUCUACUCGGGGAUUACUCCUAGGCAGUGUUUCUUUCAGUAAUUUUAGGGGGGUGAGCAGUUGAUUUAUUGUUUAUUGUUGGACAUAUUGGCUUUCCCCGGGGGUGGGGGGCACUGCCCCGGAGAUAUAGCUGAAAGAAACCCUGCUCCUGGGCAGCAAACGAUAAAGAAAUAAAUAUUCCACUCAAUGAUUACUCCAAGGCUGCUAGGAUGCCUUUUCCAUAUAAGCUGCAAAUGCUAAAGCCACUGCACAUGUUUUUGUUCCCCGUGUAAAAAGUAGGAAGUGAUUAUUUGCUUAGCAAAUAUUUUUAUUAACUUUUCCAUGUUCAGUAAUAGAAGAGACAAUAAAUGUAUUAAAAGUUUUAAGUUUGUUUUCUUAUUUAUUUAUAAUUUUUCAAAACGCUAUUAUUAAAUUAUGUAUUUUUCCCCUCAUCAAAUUGGUUUCAUUUCAUUAAAAAAUUCAUGUGAUUAAUUAUUAAAAUCUGUAUUAAGUAAUAAAAAUACCAUUAAUUUUUUGUGAACAUUUAAAUUUCUCUAGAUUCAUCAACACUUUCUGUGCCAUUGGCUCCAUCCUUACACUACUCGUCAUCGCCGUCGACCGCUUCCGGAAAAUCUGCAGACCGUUCAAGUCCCAGAUGCGCAACAAGCACGUCAAGCUGUCUCUCAUCCCAAUCCUGGGCGGGGCCGUCUUCUUUAGCUGGCCGGCCUUCGCCCUGUACGGACUUCGAACGACCGAGACAGACGUCCCGGGGCUGGACGGCUACGACUGCUCCACGCCCAAUGGUAUCGGCGAAACGAUCAUCCCGCUGCUGUACAACCUCGUCCUGUUCGCCUGCUUCAUCAUCAUCACCUGCGCCCUCGGCGCCCUGUACUUCUGCAUCCUACGGGAAACGAACCGUCACAACCGCUACAUGAAGCGGAACUCGGAUUUCAACCUGUCGUCUUCCGGGCAGUACAACGAUGACUCGGGGUCCAGCGUCGACCUGACGCCGGUGGCGAACCAGCAUUCGGCGUCGAGCUCGAUCGCUGCGGCGCCGGCUCUGGUCGUGUAUAAUUCUGCCGUCUUCGACUACAGCUCUGAACUAAUCUUUCCCCAACCAACCACAGACGGAGACCAGUCUCCGACCGGGGACUGUUCGAACACAGCAGACAUUUCGCGUAAAGCUUCCACCGUGGACUCUGAUGUAGAAAAAGUGACUCAGAAUGCUGAAACAGCUCCUCAUCAAGGGUCUGAUAUCAUUUCAACGGAGGUUUCGAACAGAGUGUCAAAUGGAGAAAUAACAAGUGGAGAAAAGACAACUCGGGACGUUCCCAUAACGGUAACGGUUGGACGCAAACCUUCGAUAUUAAUCACUGGAAAAUCCGGGUACGUCCGGAAAGACUUAAAAAUCGCCAUAGUGGAGCCGAUAGAGUCUUUCCGGGUCCCGCCCAGCACCAAACACAAGCGUCAUCGCAUCAAGAGCAAGACGACCAUCAUCGCGUUUCUGGUGACCCUCGUAUUCGUGCUGAGCUUCCUGCCGCACCUCUCGCUGCAGGUGGCCAAGAUGAUCAACAAGGGAUUCGAUUACCAUCUCCGGGGUGCGGCGCUGGUUGCGUAUAACAUUUUCCUGAGAUCGUAUUUUAUCAAUUCGGUGUCGAAUCCGUUCAUCUACGGUGCGCUUAACUUAAAGUUCAAAGGUGAAGUGAAGAAGUUACUGCUAAGAAUCUGCCACAAAAAAUAA